AUGAAAUUUGACAGCGCUCUACCAGUCUUAGCCGUAUCACUAGCUCCCGUGGCAGCCUUAGGGCAGCUUCCUUACGUGGGUGGUGGUGGCGGCGGUCUCCCGGAUGUAGGGGGCGCCGCAGAUUUGGCGAAACCCGGCCAGGUGACAGGGCAGUUAAACGGACUCCUGGAAGGCCUAGGGCUGAACGGUCUGGACCUGAGCCAGGUUUUGACAAUUGACUGGGACAACGACAAGGAGCUCCUCAAUCUCCUCGGCACCGAAGGCCAGGGAAAGAUCAACGUGCUGGCGAGCAAGGACAAGAGUCGCAAUGCCACUGAUGAAGAAAAGGCCAAUUACAUCCGGGAUUCGGACAGUGCGAAGGAGAUCAAGCAAGCGCGAGACGACUACAAGAAGGGCAAGCUGAACUUCUUCUACGCUUACGGCAUGCAAGCCGUUAAGGAUGUUGUUCAGCCCAAGUGGGUGUUGGUGUUUGACAAUGCCUUUACCGCCACCGGCUACUUUGGUCUGGUUCAGGACACGUACAAGGACUAUUAUGACCGAAACCGGAACAAGUGCUCGCCGCGUACGUAUUCUUGA